AUGAAGGCCAGAUCUUUGGCGGUGAGGGAGUGCAUGUGGACGUCAGAGGAGUGCCACCUGGUGGAUGAGCAGCACGGAGAUACAGAGAGAGAGAGCCUCUGCUUACCAAAUAUCUUCAAGUCCAAAAAGGUGAAGCCGCUUGCAAAGGCUCACACGAGCCCAACUUAUCAGGUGUACCACACAGCCAGAGAGCUCUUGCUGGAAGCGCUGGACAGGGAAGCUGUCCGGGAGUUGAUCAGGAGAUCUCCCGGGGUGACGGCUGGAGAUCGCCGACCGUCACACAGCCAGAUCCGUGAGCAGAGCGCAGAUCUCUCUGAGCAGGAGUACACGGAGGCGCUAAUGUGGUUUUCUAUAGUCCUACAAAGCGGGUUGUCCGUAGGAGAGAACUGCAAGCCUGGCCAUGAGCUAAAACUGGACAGAUGGCAGGGUGUCCUGAAGAGAAACAGCAUCCAGACCAAACUCCUGUCUCUGACUGGACUGGAGGAUGAAGACAAGCUGCAAACCCUGUCUGGCGUCUGCAGCCACAUAUGCAGACGCUACCAGAGCCUGCACGCAGCUGGUCCCAACCUGGUGGUGAAGAAAUAUAGACUCUCCUACCAGCAAAGUCCUUGCUCUCUCCAUCUUGCCCUCCUCUGUGACGCACGCUCAGGAUUCAUCUGUAACAUGUAUCUGUACUGUAAGGAGCAGGUCCAGAAGCAGAGUCGGAGGCCAGUAGUUGAGCAGGUGGUCAAACACCUUCUCAGACCUUUCUGCAGCCAGAGCCCCCAAGUUCAUGUGGACAGCUCUGCCUGGAUGGACGGCAGGCUCAACAACAUCCUCUCAGCAUUAGGGGUCGAUAGUCACUUUGUUCUAGCUGUUAAAAAGGAAACAUUGGGUCCAAGAUCAUUCUCAUCUCCACCACUCACACCCCAAAGGCACCGUUCAACAUCCAAGGACUCAAAGUGUAAACUUUUGUCCCACCUGCAGGGCUGGACAGGCCCUGCGUUGUUCCCACUGUCAGACCUGACAGGAUCCGCAGCAGACGUGCUUAUGCCUGGCCUCUGGGUCGUACUACACAUCAUCUGCAUCAACACAUACGUGCUGCACACUCUGCAGAGCCGAGGCUUGGGCAGGCACAUCCAGCUGACAGAGUUCACCAGGGCUCUGGCCUCUCAGCUGGGCGCCGACAACAGCGUCAUCGUGCCAGUGAUGCCCCGGCUGAACAGCUGGUCCUACCAGGACAGCGGUCUCACUAAUCUUUCUAAGCAAAGGUGUGCUCAGGUGAUGGAGAGUGAGAAACAGAGCUGCAGCGCUGGAGUGAAGUUGCAGACCAGAUGGCACAGACCAGGGGUGUGCGGUUUAGACAACUCUGGCAACUCCUGCUACUUAAACGCAGUGUUGCAGUGUCUCUGCUCCACUGUGCCGCUCGUGGAGCACCUUCUUAAUCGGGAAACAUGCAAGGAGCUUGUAAAGAGCAAGUGCCGGGUCUCGGAGGCGUUCGUCCGCCUGCUGGAGAAGAUGUGGCUUGGAGGAAGGUCCAGCUGUGCUCCUGCAGAGGUCAGGUCUAUGAUCUGCUCCGUCCUCCCCCAGUUUAACAAUAACUCCCAGCAAGAUGCCCAGGAACUGCUGCUCUAUCUCCUCAACGUGCUCCACGAUGACUUCAAAAAAGUUGCAAAGUGGCACAUGCGUUACUCAACGCAACAACAGAGACAAGAACAAAACAGAAGCUCUGCCAUUGAGUUCACAAUUGUCUCACAGCUAUUUGAGGGCCAGCUGAGCUACAUGAACAUCUGCAUGCACUGUCAUCACCAGGCACACAACAAGCAAGCCUUCACUAUACUGUCACUUCCAAUUCCAAAGGACAUCAUGAAAUGCUCGAUUAAGGAUUGUUUGUCACUGUUCUUCCAGCAGACCAUCCUGACCGGAGGAGAGCAGAUUCUGUGUUCGGUUUGCGGCCUGAGGAGUGAAACAGCAAUCCUCACUUGCUUAGAAAGUCCUCCUGAGAUCCUUGUGUUGCACCUGAAACGGUUUGGAUGUAAGGGGAAGAAUCAGGUGAAACUGAGGACCAAUGUUUUAUUCUCCAUGAAACUGGAUCUCACACCAUUUCUGUCGAGCUCGGAGCAGAAUACAUACUCUCCAUACCACCUUUAUGCUGUUGUGAACCACGCAGGUCAUCUGAACAUGGGUCACUACACGGCUCUGUGCUACAACGGCCCGGCCCAGAUGUGGCACUGCUUUGACGAUGCAGUGGUCAGAGAAGUCCAGGACGGCCUCGUGCAAUCUCCCAACGCCUACAUGCUUCUGUACAGCCACAAGCCCCUGCAGAAGCCGAACAUUCAUGGGCUCUGA